AUGGAACUUUGUCAACAAUUUCCGGAUGUGACGUCAAGUGCAAUGGAUGGCCUUCAAUUGGCCGUUGACGAAUGUCAAUAUCAAUUUAAAUGGCACAGGUGGAAUUGUUCAUCUUUAAGCACAAAAAAUAAAAAUCCAAGAAAUAGCAUUCUUUUACAAAGAGGAUAUAGAGAAACUGCUUUUGCUUAUGCCAUAUCAUCGGCAGGAGUUGCACAUAGUGUUGCUCGUGCAUGCAGUUCUGGAAAAUUAAUAGCUUGCGGUUGCGAUCCAGGAAGUUACAGGCAAAAAAGUUUUCAUAAUAAUAAUAAUAAUAAUAAAUUAUUAUCGAGAGAAAAUCAAAAGCGUAACGUCAAAUCAAAACGAUACAAAUCGAUAUUAAGGGGAAACAAUGUCGGAAUAAAUGAUGAUAAUUAUUUAGAAAAUGAUUUGAUGAAUAAAAAUCCGGAUAAAUGGAAAUGGAGCGGUUGUUCACAUAAUUUAGACUUUGGCGUUGAAUUUUCACAAUCGUUUUUAGAUCUGAGAGAAAAAAAAGCUGGAGAUAUACAAUCUAGAAUAAAUUUACACAACAAUGAAGCUGGAAGAUUGGCCGUUUCGUCAAACGUACAAAUUAGAUGUAAAUGUCACGGGUACUCGGGAAGUUGCGAAUUGAAAACGUGUUGGAGAUCCGCACCGGAUUUUCGAAUCGUGGGAGAAAUACUCAAAGAAAGAUUUCGUUCGGCCAUAUUGGUCGAUCAAUCGAACAUGGGUAGCGGUACUUUACAACUCGGAAAAUCUAGAAAACAAAAAAUACGCACGAAACCAAAGAUGAUGAUGAUGAUGAUGAAAAAACAAAAGAAAAAGAAAAAAAAAAGAACCAACGAUUUAUCCUUCGAAUUAUUCUACUAUCAAAAAUCUCCAAAUUUUUGCGAAAGGGAUAAUUCCGUGGAUUUUCCGGGUACGAAAGGAAGGCAGUGUAAUAAAACGAGUAAAGGUUUGGAUAGUUGUAGUUCAAUGUGUUGCGGAAGAGGUUAUAAUAGAAUUCGCGAAAGGAAAACGGAAAGGCAAUGUUUGUUUAAAUGGUGUUGCGAAGUUAUUUGUCACAAUUACACGACGGAAGGUUGGAUAACAGUUUGCAAAUAA